ACUCAUUCGUGUUCGUACCGUCGUCGAGUGACCAACGUUUUUUCGGUGAAAAAAAACCCCUCAACAGAAAUCCCAAGAAUAACCAAAGGAAAAGCAUAGCAGGCAGCAGCAGCAGAGUCCACAAGCAGCAGCAGUGCAAAACUCAAUUCAAAUUGAAAAAGCAAAAUCUCAUACACUUUUCGGCCUAUGACAAUAAUACAAACGCACUUUCUUCGCUACGCAUUAUCCAGGUGCGUGUGCGUAUAGAGAGUGAGAGAGACAGUGAGAGAGUAAGAGAGGUAUAGACAUAGAGAGAGAGAGAGAGAGAUAUACAUAUAGAGAGAUAGAGUGGAAACGGAAGCGAACUGAAAGCGCGUGUGAUUCCCUGUGUGUGUCCCUGGUUGUUGCUCCCAAAAGGAAAACACAAAAAAAAAGCAAUAAAAUAAGUAAACUUAAAUUUUAAGAAGGAAGAAUAUACAUAAGCCUACGUGCGCGUGUUGAAUUUAAUUUGUAUUUUCUGGUACAACAUCAAAAGCAUUUCCCUAUGAUUGGCUCAUUCUGGAAUCUGUGCAGAGCGUGCCCAUCAAUGCCGGUCGACAAGCAGCUCCACUCGGAGUAUCGGAGCACUUAUCGUUGGCAUGAAUUUACGGGCAAUUCGCGGCCAGAGGUUGUGCGACGGGCGCCAGCCCCAAAUCAAAGUCAAUUUGAUGGUCCGACAAAUGAGCCGUCAAUGCCGCGUCGGAAAAAAUGUCCAGAAUUAGCAUAUAAAUCGCACGAGUUUAUUAUAGGUUCGGAAUAUACAGAUGCACGACGAGAUCCCAGUGCACAUCGUCUGGCGAGGUCGGAGGAGCGGGGCGCGACACCUUCGCGUCGCAGCAAAUCGGAGGGACCACCCGUUGUGCCCAAUGGACGUGCCUAUCCCGCUGCAACGGAGAUCGAUGGAGCCACAAGAAAACAGGCGGGUGAGUCAAAUGGCCUAUUUCGAAAGACCAUCUCAAAACUGAGCACAGAGUACCGCCUGCAAUUCGUUUGGCCGAAUGUCCGGCGGAUUAAGGGCGGCGGCGAGGCGACGUCUAAGGCCGCGGCCGGCGAUUACCCUCGAAAGAGUAUCUCAUUGGGCGCCCUGCGAUCCAGUCAGAGCCACAGUCACACUCAGAGCCAGAAUCAGAGUCUAAACCAGACCCAGACACACGGCCACAGUCAAACCCAUCAUUCAGUGAUGGGUGCAGGUCUACCAACGGUGCAUAAAAAACGUACAACAAAUCAGAAAGAAGCUACUCUUCAUGAGUUGGAGCCGUUGGUUAGCGAUACGGAUGAUAGAAAAACACACGAGAAACAAGUGACCAUCGUGGAGCGCAAGUCACGACCUUUCUCGCAGGCCAUCGAUCACGAGCGUCUGAAUCAUUUUAUUACGAAAAAGGAGAACUUUGGUUUUGCCGAUGCAGCUUUCAAGGAUGAGGUGGACAAUAAGCAUGGACAUUCAGCCGAUGCCGGCCAAGUGGUGGUCAUGAAUGGUACCGAUCCUCCGCACUCUAAACCGAAUUUGGAUUUGUGGUUCAAGGAUAUGGUUGAGCUACGCAAAAAGGCAGGGGAAUAUAAGAGCCGUGGUUGGGGCAGGGAAAUUGAUCCGGAAUUGUACAAGAAGCAAAAGGAUCUAUGGGAUCAGGUUUCAAGGCGCAGCUCACUUUCAGCAUUAUCUUUAGCUUCGACUGUACAUAGACCCAUUACAAAGGAGGAGAAGGAUCAGGAAAAUAAUAAGAAAUCAGCACCAUUGCCGAAGACACCACUUAAGCCCCGAGUUCCUGGUCAAGCCUAUUUGGUUGAUAAUAAAGAUGAGAUUUCAGCACUGCCAGCGCGUUUUAGUAAUAUACGCCAUCAUUUAGAACGCACCACGGGUCCGGAUGUGGAAGAGGGCGCCUUGCUGCCUUCGCCGACCCGUGAGAAAUUAAUGCCAGCCAUAACCAAGAGGGAAUCGGAAUCGCAGAGAGGUAGCCCCAAGAAGACGGCUCUCUCCAGGCAUGGAUCACCUCAGAAGGGCAGUCCCCAAAAGGGCAGUCCUAAAAAGGUUCUGAAAUCGCGGUCCCAAUCAGUGGGUCCGGGCGUUGCUGAGAAUGAAUCCCCGAAGCGCCAGAUACGGUCGGCCUCACAGGCCCCUCCGGCGAGCCGCAAAAAGACACCAACUUCAGCUACGACAGCGGCCGGAAGCGAGCGUAAGACACGCCCAUCCACCCUAUCCACAACAUUCCAAUCCCGCAUUAAAAGUAGUUCCCUGCCACCGCCUAAUGGUAGAGUAGCCUCUGCGCCGCCAGCAACUGCAAAAGCAACAGCAACCCGAGCAGCAUCUGCAACAAAAUCAACUUUAAAUGCUAAUCAGCCUCAUGCCAGUCAAUCACGAACAUCACAAGCCAAGACAGCCCAUGGACCCAGCAGAUCCAACAAAAUUCAGAAAUCAUCUGCAACACCGGGACAACAGCAGCAGCAGCAACAGAAAGAGCAGCAACAGCAAAUGCGUAAGACAGACAAAGAUAGAUCGAAUAUUAGUUGCAUUGGUUUUGGUAGUACUGUUGGUGCUGGUAGCGGUAGUCAGAUGAAUAGUGUCAAAAAUCAACAGAACAAACAAAAGCAACAGCAACUACAGCAGCAGCAGCAACAAAAGAUUGCUACAACAUCAGACAAAACACAAGAGGCAACAUCAACAACUGUAGCAGCAGCCACAGCUACAGCAGGCACAUCUCAACCAAUAGUUCAAUCAACAGCUCAAUCAGCAUCUCCUCAAUCAGCAACAUCCUCGUCUCAAAAUCCCAUCCGGCCUGCAACCAUCAACAUCAAACGGCUUACGGUACAAGGUCAGGAUAGAAAAUUGGCUGAAAACGAUGGCGAGGAUGGUCGUGAGACUGCAAUUUCCAUUUCCAGCUGCAGUCCACAGCCGCCUGUGGUGCCCGAGGUGCCCGAGGAGCCAUUGGUGAAGUCACCACCAGAACCCACUAGGGUAAAGUCCCCGGAGCAGAUUAUAAUGCGUUCACCCGAUCCAGUGAACUGGACCGUGCCCUUGGAUACGGGCAAGACGUUCACGGUUACCCAGAACGUUAAAGACGGGGAGAGCUAUAGCCGACCUCAGAGCGAGAUAAAAGCCUCUACUCCGGUGGAGAAACCACCACCGCCACCACAAUCGGCACCGCCACAACUAACCGAACAGGCUAAAAUGGACGCCUGGAAGUCGUCCAGUCCUACGACCAGUGGAGGCGCUGUCUAUGGCAAGACCCUAACGCCCCAUGUAGCCCCAGGUGGGGCUGUGCGCCAGCAACAGACUGUGGAUCUACCGCAGGAUCAGGUCAUGUCAUCGUCCUCGUCAACGGGCACUGCUUCGACGGCUCGAACCACAGCUGCCGAGGUCCUGGAGAAGGCGCGCGACCGUUUCGAUCGAUUCUGGGGCAGCAGCGCCAGCAAGGAGGAAAGUGUGUAGGCGACAGACGAGCAGGCGCUCGCAGGAAAAGCAUGAAAGUGCAAGCAAUUAUAAUACGUAAAACAGCCUACAACCAAAAAUGACAUUAUGCAAUACCUAAACAUAUAUGAAUAAUACUCUCUUGAAUACCCAAAAGCUAUGCAAAACCCCACUUUGACUAUGCUUGAACUUUUGAUUUCAUAGCAAUUUCAUGAAAAUGCAUGAAAACCUAUUAAAAUAAUUUCCACAAAACACUUUCACUGCCUUUUCCCACAACACAAAAAAAAAAAACAUCAUACUGUUGUUUUCCAUUGACAAAACCAAGAGAACUUUGCAAUAUUUUGAAAACAUCAUGAAAUCAUACAAU